GCUGCCUCUCUCCCUCCCUCAGCGGUCACGGCCUCAGAGCCGCUGUGAGGAGCAUGAGUCCCUGGAGCUGGUUCCUGCUGCCGACCCUCUGCCUCCUGCCCACUGGUACAGCCCCGCGGCGCGGUGCGCCCCCCUCCGCCAACUGCGAGCUCAAGCCCCAACAAAGUGAGUUGAAUUCUUUCUUGUGGACCAUAAAGCGAGACCCACCGUCUUACUUCUUUGGCACGAUCCAUGUCCCGUACACCCAGGUUUGGGACUUUAUCCCUGACAACUCCAAGGAGGCUUUUCAGCAGAGCAGCAUUGUGUACUUCGAGCUGGACCUCAUGGACCCCUCCACCAUCUCGGCCCUCACCAGGUGUCAGAUGCUGCCGCAGGGCGAGAACCUCGAGGAUGUGCUCCCCAGGGACAUCUACUGCCGCCUCAAGCGCCAUCUGGAGUAUGUCAAACUCAUGAUGCCCUCCUGGAUGACCCCAGACCAGCGUGGCAAGGGCCUCUAUGCUGACUACCUCUUCAAUGCCAUCGCGGGGAACUGGGAGAGGAAGAGGCCCGUCUGGGUGAUGCUCAUGGUCAACUCCCUGACUGAAGUGGACAUUAAGUCCCGUGGAGUGCCGGUCUUAGACCUGUACCUUGCCCAGGAGGCUGAGCGACUGAGGAAACAGACUGGGGCGGUAGAAAGGGUGGAAGAGCAGUGCCAUCCACUGAAUGGGCUGAACUUUUCACAGGUUGUCUUUGCUUUGAACCAGACACUCCUGCAGCAGGAAAGCCUGCGAGCUGGCAGUGUCCAGAUCCCCUACACAAUGGAGGAUCUCAUCAAACACUAUAAUUGUGGUGACCUCAGGUCUGUCAUCUUCAGCCACGACAGCUCCCAGGUUCCCAGUUUUAUUAAUGCCACACUACCGCCUGAGGAGCGUGUCACUGCUCAGGAGAUUGACAGCUACUUCCGCCAGGAACUCAUCUACAAGCGCAACCAGAGAAUGGGGAGGCGGGUGAAGGCCCUCCUGGAGGAAUUCCCCGACAAGGGCUUUUUCUUUGCCUUUGGAGCUGGUCACUUCAUGGGCGACAACACAGUGCUUGAUGUUUUGAGGCAUGAAGGGUAUGAGGUGGAACAUGCCCCCGCUGGACAACCCAUCAACAAAGAGAAGAGUAAAGUGCCCUCCCCGCAGUGGGUCCCCUCAGCCAUCGCUGCUCCGGAAUUUCCCGUCCCAACAGCGCCGGAACCGGAAGCUGGAACCGCGGUGCACUCACUGGUGCCGCCACACGUGUCCUCUUCGGGAAGUGCUGACCUGCCCAUCGAGGCGGAGCGGAAGUUCCAGAAGAAACGAAGGUGGCUGCUGAGAAGGCAGUAGCUCCGGCAGUUCAGCGACCUGUGGGUCCGUCUGGAGGAGAGGUGAGGCGGGUGGCCUUGGCGUCUGCCCUCACCCCGGGAGUAGGGGUGGGGCGCAGCCACAAGAACCCUCCUUACACUGCUCCAGGGGGAGAUUCAAGACUUUGGUAGAGGUGGGAGCCCCCUCACGGAGCAGCCUUUCUCUUUGGGUCGGCAGCGGCGCGGUUUCUGUCCACCAACAGAGAGGAAUCCAGCGUUAAGGUGGUUGCUUCUGGGCAGCAAGUUUAUCUUUGUUAAAGAACACAUGUAGGGGCAUGGAUGGGCCUGUUACAAGUAAGGUGAGGCUGGAAUAAAGGCUGAAGUAACGAGUUUCCAACCCUUUCUCUGCUGCUUUGCGGAGCUGAAAGUAACUACGUGGGAAUGGACUUAUUCAGUCCCACGUUUUACAGGGAGGUUGGUGACCACAGAAUCUCAGAGAUGCCUCAGGGUGGAUCAGAGGUGGAUGAAGAGCCAAGGGUGGUGACCCAGCCUGGAACUGCAGGGCACAGGCCGCUGGAAGAACCAUACCGGCGAGGUCUGGGGUCCAGGAUCCAGUUCACUUCAACCCACAUUUUAUAGAGUCCCUCCUACGUGCCUGCUGUUGUGUUGGGUGCUCUGGCUGUGGCGCGAACGGGACAGACGCUGGCCCUGCCUUCAUGGAGCUCACAGUUUGGAUGUGUCUGGAGGAAGCCAGAUUUUGAGUCCAUGUUCUCCAGGGACAUGUAGAGUGUUGUGGGAAAUGUGCGUGGGUGUGAGUGUGUGUGUGUCUGUGUGUGUCUAUGUUGGGGCUGUUUAGGGUGGAGGGUCAGAAAGGUCUCCCUGAGGAAGUGACCUUUUAGCUGAUACUGAGUAGAAGUCUGGCAAUGUGGAGCCCAGUGACUAGAGCUUCUGAGUCUGGAUCAGGGCAUUCAGGGACGCAGUGCUUGCACAGGUGCACAGUAAAUGCCAAGUAAGGAGCCCUGUUGGCACAGGCCUGCUAAUGGAAAGGUUGGUGGUUUGAACCCAGCAGCCACUCCACAGGAGAAAGAUGUGGCAGUCUUUCGUAGAUUUACAGCCUUGGAAACCAUGUGGGGGCAGUUCUACUCUGUCCCAUAAGAACGCAAUGAGUCAGAAUAGACUCAACAACAAAGGGUUUGGUUUUGUUUAGAAUUUCGAAUGAAUGAGUGAGUGAAUAACUGAAUAGGGAGGGAAAGGAGUCCCAGGCAGAGGAAACAGUGUAAAAGCCUAGUAUAGGAAAAGCAUCACAUUAAAGAAACCAAAAUUAGUUCUGGCUUGAGCCCAAGAAGUGAAGGAGGGUUGGGGUAAGAUGGGUCCAGAUAGGUAAACAGGGAAGCGUGACUGUGAGAGCCUCCUACCUGAGGGAAGGAGGGAGCCCCUGAAAGCUUUGAUAAUGUGCUGUGUGGUUUGCAUUUUUAAAUGAACGGAAGCUGGCAGCCAGAUGGUACCUGGAGACAGAUCCUGUUGGUGUCCAUGUCUCCUAUGGUGCCUGACCCAGGGUGGCUCCUCAGCUAUC